UAAAUAAAAAAUGACGUGUCCCCCUUAUUUCAUUUAUUAAUAAAAUCUCUUCAUCUCUGUCUUCUGUUUCUCUCGUGAGUUCUUUCUAGGUUUCGUUCCUUUACUUCGAAAUCAAAGAGCUCAAGCUUCUUUGGUACGUUUCUUCUUCUUCUCCUUUAUUUUGAUUCUACGCUCUUUAAACGGUGCCGUUUCUUCAGAGUUUUGGAAGAUGGGAUAAGUUAAUACGUGUUUUAUUACCAUCCUCCUAUGUUUUUGCUCUGAAGAUUGAUAGAGAUGAUGAUGAUGAUGACUUUAAUGCCGAUGCAAAUGCUGAUAAUGAUGAUGAAAAGGAGAUUUGCUAGUUUUAGGCAUUUGAAGCAGAUGGGUUGGAAGGGUUUGGUAGUCUAGAUAUUGGAGUAAUAUGGCUAUUGCUGGUCUACACAAUGUUUCUGUGCUUGAAAAUUCAUUUCUAAGGGAGUCUCAGUCUCAAGCAUCGAGAAGGCGGGAAAAUGGUAGCACCCGGGCAUCCUCACUCCUGCAGAUGUGGCGGGAGCUUGAGGAUGAGCAUGUGGUGAGUCAUGCUCAAGAGAGAGUUAGUGAAAGAAUGCUCCAACAAAGGGGUGAUGACCUCUCCAUGACUGAUCUUUCUGAUAGAAAUAGUGAUUUACAUAGUGGUGUUUCAGAGGAUAUGAGCGUGAGUGAGAAUGACUUUGGACAAUGGUCCCCAGAUCGAUUUGGGUCGCAGAGUGGGAAUGAGGAUUCAAGUAAUUUUAAUUGUGAACACUUGUCUGAUUUGGGGGAAGUAGAAAGGGAAAGGGUAAGGCAAAUUUUUCGGGAGUGGAUGAACAGUGGUGGCAGGGAACGUACAUCUAAUGGUUCCCAUAGAAACAACAGUUCAAGGGCCCAGUGGCUUGGUGAAACUGAACAAGAGAGAGUUAGAAUUAUAAGGGAGUGGGUGCAAAUGAAUAGCCAGCAGAGAGGUGCUUGUAUUGACAGUAGAGAAGAGCAAGCUUCUGAUGUUGGUGGACAAAUUGCACGCGUUCUUGACGGACUGGUGGUUAACCAGAAUGAAGGCCGGACUGAGCACGUGCGUAGGGGCAUUAGGAAAUUAUGUGGUCGACAGGCCCUGCUUGAUAUGCUUAAAAAGGCUGAGAGAGAACGGCAGACAGAGCUUCAGGGGUUGUUGGAGCAUCGGGCUGUAUCAAAUUUUGCCCAUCGCAACCGCAUUCAGUCAUUAUUGAGAGGUAGAUUCUUGAGAAAUGACAGAAUGGUUGAAGAUGACAGAUCUAUCUCCAUUGCAGCCAGUGAAUUAGGCUUAUUAAGACAAAAACAGACCGUAUCUGGUCUAAGGGAAGGUUUUUUCUCCAGACUGGAAAAUUCUGGUUGUGGUCCUGCAAGCAGUAACCGUUCCGAUACAUCAUCUUACGCUGACACUAAUGGUGAUAGAAAUGUACAAAACAAAGUAUAUAAUUCAGAUGAGGUCAUAGAUGGAUUAAAUGACCAAUCUGAACAUGAUAACGAGGAAACUUAUAACCAAAGGUUUUUGGAUGGUAGAACUGAUUUAGAGGCUGAUGUUGUUGAAGACAUAAGUUGGCAAGAAACUUCUGCUUGUGUAGAAGAGUGGCAUGAACAAGUUUCUGAGACUGUGGUUAGAGAAUGGCAGUGGUUGGCCAGUGUUGAGUCCAAUGAAAGCAGAGAUGUUAUUGGACAAGUCUUGGAUGGGGACUGGCAAGACAAUCUUGCUAAUGAGUUGCCCCUUAAAACUUCACAAAAUGAAGCCGGAGAACAUAGUAAUCUAGAAGAGGUUGUUGAAGCAUCUUACGAACAUUCUCCCCAAGCUGGUGAGAGAAGUGGGACCCAUGGGUUAAUGAAUGUUCUAGAAAAUCUAGAAAGGAACCCGGUUCAAUAUAUUGAUGGGCAAGAAUCUGCCUCUCAAGUUGAACAAUGGCAGGAAGAGUAUCAGGAAAAUGUGGAUGCAGAUUGGCAGGAAGCUAGUGUUGAGUAUAACGAGUUGAUGGAUGGUGGUAAUGAAGAAGCCUCUGACAUGCAUCAUGAGGACGGUGGGAAUGAAGAUGUAGGUUAUGAUCAUCUGCAAGAAGCCCUUGACAUGCAACACGAGGAUGGCAGCUUGCAUGAGGCUACACAGAAUUGGUUGCAAGGGUCUCACAGUCAAGAACCUGUUGCGGUUGGAAGAACAGACACAUUUUUUCCUGAUGAUGAUAAUGUACACAGUAUGGAACUGAGGGAACUGUUAAGCAGGAGAAGUGUGUCUACGCUUCUUAAUAGUGGUUUCCGUGAGAGUCUCAACCAGUUGUUACAAUCAUAUGUGGAAAGGCAAAAUCAUGCUACUAUUGACUGGGAGCUAAAUGAAACAUCUGCUGCUCCUGCAUCACUUGAACAUGAUAUAGAAGAGCAAAGAAGGGAUCAGAAUGAGGGUCAAGGAGAUGCUGAGAGUCCUUUAAUUGGUCUUCCUUCACCCAGAAUGCCACCUAUGCAGCCACUUUGGGACCAGGAUUCACACCAUUAUAAUUGGGCUCCAGAUGAUGUGCAUCAGCGCUUUGGCAUUGAGUGGGAGAUCAUUAGUGACUUGAGGAUUGACAUGGCUAGACUGCAGCAAAGGAUGAAUAACAUGCAGAGGAUGCUGGAGGCCUGCAUGGAUAUGCAACUUGAGUUACAGCGGUCAAUUAGACAAGAAGUUUCUGCUGCUCUGAACCGUACUGCUGGUUCACAAGGGAUGAUUGAUGACAACUUGCCCAAGGAUGCAUCUAACUGGGAUAAUGUUAGGAAAGGAAUCUGUUGUAUAUGCAGUGAAGGCAAUAUCGAUUCAUUACUGUACAGAUGUGGGCACAUGUGCACAUGCUCAAAAUGUGCCAAUGAGCUGGUCCAAGGUGGAGGAAAGUGUCCAAUGUGUCGAGCACCAGUAAUUGAGGUCAUCCGUGCUUACUCAAUCCUUUAAUAUGAAGAGUAUUUAUAUCUAAUAAAAGAACAAAAGAAAAUAGAAAAAUUUGGAUUAACAACUACAGAAUCUUUCAUCAGUUUUUUGCUCCUGGAUCACUCCAGGUAUCUAAUUUUUUUUUCCCUUUCUUAGUCCCUUGCCGUGAUUUGAUAUACAGUACAUAAAUUGAGUGUAUUGAUUGGAACAGAAAAUGUCAUCAUUCAAA